CAUUGAAGGCUGAAUGCCAAACGCGCGUGGUCUCUCGAUGAGUUGUUGAAAACAAUUUAUAAUGCCAUUCAUUCCAUUUUUGAAUUAUUUAUGAAGUGAUGAUAAGAAACGUGCAAUAAGCAAAUAUAUGAAAAAUAUUGCCUUUAUAUACAAAUUACUGAAUGUGCAUGAAGUCUCAUGCAGAGUUGUACAAAAAACUAAAAUAAAAUAAUAUUUUAGUUUUCAAUUAAAAUAUCACAACUUUUUUUCAUCAGGGACUGUGAUUAAAAUGUGAUUGUGAUUCUGUGGUGAACGAUUCUCAUAAAUUAAGUGAAAAGUAAACAAUUUUUUUUAAAUCCAUAGACAAAGGAAACACAAUUAACUUUAAUUUUGAAUUUUAUUUACUAACGGAUUUUACAGACCUGAAAUGUUAGUUUGUUGUAUGAUGGUAUAGUAAGUUAUUUAGUGUAAAUAAAAAGUUUUAAAAGUGGUGUGCUUAGUGACGAUUGAUCAAAAAUGAAGUUCAAUCUACCAGCUUCCCUAAUCCGGCAGUAUGCUGUGGUUAUUACAGUGAAUCUCGGAGUAGUGACGACAGGAAUGAGUCUGGCAUGGACGUCGCCAAUGCUCGUGAAGUUGCGGAACGAAACGGAGACCCCAUUGUCCAGGCCGAUCACAGAGGAUGAGGGGUCUUGGAUUGUCUCUGGGGGGUUCUUGGCUGCUAUAUUCAGUAUUUUCUUAGGAGGAGUUCUGUUAGAUGCGAUAGGGAGGAAGUACAGCUUCUUGCUGAUAUGCUUGCCCAAGUUCCUGAUGGCCGUGCUGUUCAUCUUCGCCACAGAAGUAUGGAUGCUCAUCGUGGGUCGAGUGAUCAUGGGCGUUGGAGACAGCUUCCUCUUCAUGGUGGCGCCUAUUUACGCCUCCGAAAUUGCUAGUAAAGAGCACCGCGGCUCGCUGGGCACGUUCAUGCAGAUCUUCUCGUGUCUGGGCAUCGUGGUGACGCUGUCGCUGGGCCCCUUCCUCUCCUACACCGCCUUCAACAUCGUGCUGGCGAGUGCUAUUGCUGCCAGCACUGUGCCAGUAUUCUGUAUGCCUGAGAGCCCAUUCCAUCUCUAUUCUAAAGGACGUACGGAAGAGGCGCUUGCAGUUCUAUUACAAAUCCGAGCGUCCGAAGCGAUAGCGAAACAAGAAUUACAAGAAUACCAAGACUCGAACAAGAAAGCCGAUAAAAUUGACAAGAAACAGUUGCUCCAGAACAGAACGUUUCUGAAAUCCUUGGCUCUUGGGUUCCUGCUUUUCGUCGGCAGUCAAAUCACCGGUUACAAUGCCAUACAGUUUUAUUUACAAACUAUUUUGGUGUCGACUAAAACUAGUGUGAAACCAGAGAUAGCUUCGGUUGUUAUUGGAGUGAUACAGGUGUUCGCUAGUUUUUGCACCCCAUUAUUUUUGACGAAAUUUGGAAGGCGGCCUGUGUUGAUUUGCUCACUGUCCGGGAUGUUUUUGGGAAUGCUUGGACUGGGGACAUUCUUCAAGCUCGCUGAAACUGGUGGCGAGAUCACAGGGAUCCUGAAUUUCCUUCCAAUCAUAUCACUGAUCCUGGUGGUAUAUUGCUUUAGUGCUGGUAUAGGUUCUUUGAGCUGGUUGGUAACUGCAGAAGUCUUCGACGGACCGUCCAGAGCAUUCGGAGUAUCGAUUGCUUUAAUGUCUUCAUUGAUAUCAAUGUUCGUAAUGACUAAAUACUUUGCAUUCAUGACUUCAGCUAUAGGCCCCGCUGCGACUUAUUGGUUCUUCAGUUCCAUGUGUGCGUUAGUUGGUACUUUAAUAGCUGUUUUCUUACCAGAGACCAAAGGAAAGACGUUUAGUGAGAUACAGAGAGCUUUGGGAGGAGAGAGCAUAGAGAUUAGUGAAAAAAAUGAUAAGGAAAGAGUGUGAUUGGUUUUCAAAAAACUAACUACCCACAAAAUUCUUAAAUGCCAUAUGUGUUUUAGUUGACACUUUAAUAGAUGUAUUCCUGCCGGAACUAAAAAGAAGGACGUUUAGUGAGAUACAGAGAGCUUUGGGAGGAGAGAGCAUAGAGUUUAGUAAAAAACAUGAUAAGGAAAGAGUGUGAUUGGUUUUCAAAAUAAGUAACUACCCACAAAAUUCUUUAAUGCCAUAUGUGUUUUAGUUGACACUUUAAUAGCUGUUUUCUUACCAGAGACUAAAGGGAAGACGUUUAAUGAGAUACAGAGAGCUUUGGGAGGAGAGAGCGUAGAGAUUAGGGAAAAACAUGAUAAGGAAAGAGUGUGAUUGGUUUUCAAAAUAAGUAACUACCCACAAAAUUCUUUAAUGCCAUAUGUGUUUUAGUUGACACUUUAAUAGUUGUUUUCUUACCAGAGACUAAAGGGAAGACGUUUAGUGAGAUACAGAGAGCUUUGGGAGGAGAGAGCAUAGAGGUUAGGAAAAAACAUGAUAAGGAACGAGUGUGAAAAAAGAGUGUAGGAAAAAUAUUUGUGUAAAUGUUGGUAAAAAUCAGAUUAAGUAGGUAGAAUAUAAUAUGACAAUGUAAUUUUCAUAAUAUUUGGAAGAUUACUGUUGAGAUAUACUUAAUAUUAUACUUAAUAAGGCUAACUUUAAGUUUUAUUGUAAUAUUUUAUUAACCUUAAUAUUAUGUUAAAAUUUGUGUUAUAAUGUACCUACCUACUUUGCAUACUUGACUAUUGAUGAAUGAAAUAAAUAACUAGAGUCGAAAUC